GGUUCAGCCCGGGUCACUCACAUUCUGUUAAGAUAGAUCUAGAUCUAGGUCUAGAAUGAUGUGAGCUGACACGCGUGCUGGAUGGAAUUACUUCGCGCUUUGUUAGCCUUCGACUUACUGUGGCCGCUGGCGAGUGGCUUGGCCAUGCCAACCACACUGCUGCUGUUUUAACUUACUUGCCUACUCCCUAAGUAGGCCUCCUCGCAAGAAGAUCAGCCGAUCACGGUUUUGUAAGAUAAGUUAUCUCUGUGAAUUUUCUUCGGGCUGGAUUGCCCUGUGCUCCGGACUUGUACUAAUCGUUUUCGAAUGUGGAAUGAUUUACUUCAGUUCCGAGGAUUAAAUAAUUGUGCUUUUGCCGAGAUUCAAAUUGAGCUGGAUUACAGUGUACCACAUACAGGAUGCACACUUUCAAUCAGCUUCUGUGACAUUUUGUAGCAGUGACUCAUUAUUUACGUUUGAUCCGUAACCCAACUUGCAUUCAAUCAACCGGAGUAUUUUCAUGCUGAAAUAACCAGCAGGGACAAAGGAAGCAGUAGACUGUGAUCUGGAUCAAACAUUGACGUAGGUGGUCGGAGCGGAGAGCGCGACUGAAAACGGCUACCCAACACCCAUAGUACUACAGGUUUGAGACGACCACCGGACCCAAUGGUAAUCCAAGUGUAAAGAGACUGGAAGUUGAUAGGGAGAACCAAGGAGCUUGAACGAGAGAUUGGUCUUAUCUCUUGAGGUUUAAAUUUCCUGCAGCCUGGAGAGCGUCUUUCAGUGAGGACAGAAACCUGGCUGCUUACUGUGUUAUAAAAGCGUGAGCAGCUAUGAGGGUCUUGGCCUGGAGGCGGCCUCGCCUGUUCAGUGGCCAUUGCUGGCGUGUGGUCAGGCUGGUGCUGCUGCUGUCGAUGCUCUUCGUGCUGCUGGUUGUGCCUGUCCGCAAUGCUGUGCUGAGCUUCUUUCUGCCGGGGAUGUGGCUGGAGCACAGUACACUGUUUCUGAUCAAGGUGGCCCUUGACUUCCAGCACUUCCCUGUGGAAGAUGCUCCGCUCGGCCACAGCCCCAUCAGACUGCAAGUAGAUGAGUCGGAAAUACAGCUCAAGUAUUUGCCAAGGGCGCCGUCCUUCCAAGAGUUUUACCAGCAGGUCUCCCACCUGGAGCAGAGGGCACGCUCCAGCAGCGCGGCCCAGCGUGAGUUGGACACCCUGCUGAUGUUUGAGCCAGUCAUGAACCCAAAGGAGAGAGCCACAGCACUGUUCACAAUGGACGUGUUCAUCAGGGCUUGCAAAGCAGCAAACCUCACUUUCUUUUUGAUAUCAGGGUCAAUGAUGGGUGUAAUGCGCCAUCAUGGUAUGAUUCCAUGGGAUGACGAUUUUGACGUAGCUAUGAAUGGUUCGGAUUGGAGGAAAGUACGAGAUGUGCUCAGCAACAUUGAAGGAUUUGAGUUAUUUGCUCCUGCCAAGGUGCAGUGGAAGUUCUUCUUAAGUUCUUUACCUAAAGGCAAUCGUCCUUUUAAGUGGCCAAAUAUAGACAUUUUUUUCUUCAAUGAGGAUGAAGAGUUUGUCUGGUCACAGACCUGGGGAGGUAAAUAUUCUCUAUGCAAUAAAAAGUCUGAUGUCUUCCCUCUGGUGGUGCGGAAAUUUGAAUUGUGGAGUGUGCCAGUACCUCGAAGGAUCGGAGCGCUUCUCACUGCAGAAUUUGGAGAUUUCCACUCUGAGUGUUCGACUCCUGCCUAUAGCCAUAAAAUCAACGUUGAAGUUGACUCAGACAUGCAGAAAAUGGUGAAAUGUGACAAACUGCACAAAGUUUUUCCUUUUGUCUUCCAUAAAGCAGGCAGCAGUUCAAAAACUGUCUUGGAGAUCAAGAUGGUGGGUGGUCAUCCUAUCAGCAAUGCAACAUUCCCUGUAGAAUAAAAAUAUAAUAAAAAUACGUUUUUAAAAGGUUCAAAAUAUUUUUAGCAUUGUGUUUUGUUGAAACCUUGAAGUUCUUGAUAUUAUAUUCAUGUUUAGAGACGGAAAUCUGGAUAGGAAAUUUCUCAUUGAAUAGUAUGCUUUAUUUGUUGGGUUAAUCAUUGACAAAGCAGAUUCAUUCACUUAACUAAAAAUUUUAUGAAUACAAGGUUCAUUCAUGUUCUGAGGAAAAAUUGUGCCAUUUUUUGGUCUAUUCUUUGAAGCUCAAUUAUUUCAAGGUGUUUGUUGAACCAGACUUAAUAAAGCCUUGGUUGGCACGUAGAUUCAGAUUUUUU